GCUGAACCACGUUAAGGACUGCCAUACCACCGAUGUUGGGAAGGAUUCUGCUACUUUUGGUAAUUCAGCUGGCCAAACAAGGGCUAAUACAUGCGCGACCUUCCCGGGACCCCGGGCAGACUGGACAGUGUCCCUCCACCGGACUUCCAUCAGGUGGUUUACGACAUUUGAAUGUAAUACAUGAGGAAAAACCUAGGUACCGACUAGACUUACAACACAAAAGGAGUGGUUAUGUGCCCGGUCACACCUACACAAUCUACAUUCGUGCCCAGGACCCAAGUCAAACCUUUGGUGAUGUUUUGCUCUCAGUGUCGUCUGAAAGCAGAACCUGCCAACAUGGAAACUUCAGCAUCUUAUCCCAGUAUUACUACCAGCCCCAGGGAUGUGACCACAUGGUGCUCAAGAACACACGAGAGUUUGAACACACAUUCACAUUCCAGUGGACUGCACCCACCUGUGGCUGUGUCAACCUCCGGGCUCGCGUUAAGUCCGCUGACAACAUCUUUUACCUGGAUAAUGAGAAUGUUAUUGAUGGGUACCUGACCAAGCGAGUGUGUCGACGCCACAUGUCCACAAUAAUAUCCAAGAUAAGUCACUCUGAGCGUGAGAACUUGCUUUGCCACAUGGUCAGUAGUUCAGAUGACCAGAUUGCCAACGAAGGCCACUUCUUACAGAGAAGGAAGAUGGACCUCAACCUGAUGACUGUUCUGGAGCGGGACGCUCUUCAAAUCUCACUUCGUCAACGUGUAUACCAGGUUCAACAGUGUUGUAUACUGACAGGUACUGAUAAGAGCGAUUGUCUGGGAGAUAUUCGCCGUCGCCGUAUCGAUCGCCUGUGUGCCAACACUCUACACAUGCCCUUCAGUGUUCGUAGUAAAGCCUACAUGACUGAGCGGCGUGACAACUGUUGCUGGCGACUAGGUGAACGCCGCUACGAUUGUUUUGCUAUGGGGCACCAGGGUGAAGGUGUUCCACCCCAGAGUGAUGUACACACAGAUGUUGCCAUGGUGACAGGUGUAAAUGUCCUUGACGAAUCUGACCCUGUAAAUGACUUAGAGGAUUAUCCCAACAGGUUGAGUGAAGAGCUUGUUCAGUUAAAUACAUAUCCUGAGGAGUUGGAGCCAGAAAACAAGGACGUAGCAGCUGAUAAGAUCCCUACAUUAGCAUCAAAUUUUCAUAAGGAGCCUGAAAAGAUGCCAGAUUUGCCAAGUCACAAAACCAACCUGCAGGGAUACCAACCUGUCACCCAGGAGGUAUCCCCUCUGCAGAGUCCCCCUAAAGAAGAUCUGGGGGAAAUGGUUCCUACACCUCAGACUCAGUCACUCACACAGACCACCACAGGUCUGAAGAAAAAGUUGCUGAGGGCCCAGGUUGAGCUGGAGUGUUGCCAGCAGGGUAAAGAGUACGGUGUAGGGCUGGUCACUGGGGACACAUGGGACAGGUGUGAACAGAGGACACGCAAGGUCAGCAAGGCCAUGAAGGGGAAGAAUCGGCGGUGGUGCCGGCGGUACCACAUGAGGUGCUGUGUGGAGAGUGUCCACAGUUCUCAGCCUUCAGUUAGGACGAAGGAUAGUAUAACACAUGACCAUAGCCAAGAGACAGGCACGACUGGACAACAAAGGUCAAAGGAGCAAAGUCCAAGGGUAAAGGUUGUGAAUGAAGGAAUCGGUACAACUGAUUCAGAACACGUCGUCAGGGAAGUCAUUGCUACCAAGGACACCAGCACUGAAGUUACCUUGGUGACAGGCGGAGAGGAGAGAAAUGAGGAGGAAACUGAUGAUGAUAACAAUGACGAUGAUGAUGACCAUGAUGAUGAUGAUGCUGAUGAUAAAGAAAGUAUGGAUGAUUCUGAGGAAACAAGGAAUACCAAUGGUGAUGAAGAGGAUUCUGAUCGAGAGGAUGUAGAGGAUAUAGAGGAUAAAGAUAUUGAAAAGCACCAAGAAUAUGAAAAUACUACACCUGCAGGUCAGAGGUCUGUUUCAGAUGAGAGCCAAGAGGCCAGAGAUGGAGAAACAUCAUCAUCUGUUACAAGUAGAGUGAACGAGGAUGGGUCUCUGUCAAGGGAACAAAAUUGGAGACCAAUUAAACAUCCACAGAGAUCCACAGACCAAUCUCAGGGAUCUCGAGGAUCCACAGACCAAUCUCAGGGAUCUCGAGGAUCCACAGACCAAUAUCAGGGAUCCCGAGGAUCCACAGACCAAUCUCAGGGAUAUCGAGGAUCCACAGACCAAUCUCAGGGAUCUCAAGGAUCCACAGACCAAUCUCAGGGAUCUCGAGGAUCCACAGACCAAUCUCAGGGAUAUCGAGGAUCCACAGACCAAUCUCAGGGAUCUCGAGGAUCCACAGACCAAUCUCAGGGAUCUCAAGGAUCCACAGAACAAUCUCAGGGAUCUCAAGGAUCCACAGACCAAUCUCAGGGAUCUACUGACCAGGUUUUCUCAGAAUUGCCUAAAACUUACCAAUCCAAUGACAGUCAAUUUGCACACAACUCUGACCACAGCGAUAACCCACAAUCUGUGGAGACGGUGAAACCUUCCAGUGGUCAACAGCAUUCAGAGAUUAAAGAAAGUAAGGGGAAGUUGAGAAGGAGGAAACAGCCAAAGUCCACGAGGAAAGGGCGCAAGAGCAGGAGGAAAGGACGCAAAAACAGGAGGCGGGGUAGGAAACAAAUUACCACCGAAGUCUUUUAGUAUUAUCUUCAGUCAAUAAUUUAGUGUUCCUAAAGAAUCAGUUCAAAUGCCAUAAAUUGUUAUUCAGAUAUGUUUAAUGGUUUAAGUUUAUCGUAGACAGGUGUUUUAGUAUUAUAAACUGCCUGCAGAGAUUGUGUUCAUGUAACUUAGAUUCAAGUUUGUAACUUGUUAUUCAAUCUAAAAUGCUGAUUAAGAGCAAGUGUUUUACAGUACUCCAGUGUAAAUAUCAUUGUGUAUGCACUUUUGGCUUGACAGUGCUCAAAUAUACAUGUCGUUAUGUGUGUAUGUACUGUGAUUGAUGGUGUUUUACAAAGCUCGAGUAUCAUUCAUUAUGCGUGAAUGUACUUUGGGAUUGUGCUGUUUUACAAUACUCCAGUGUAAGUGUGUGUAUACAUUGUACCAGGUACUCUGAGAUUGAUAGUGUUUUACAGCGCUCGAGUUAAAAUGGGUGUAUGAAUUGACAGUGUUUACAGUUUGUGUAUUGACCAUAAAAUGUGACUUCACUGUGCUGAUUUAGUUAAUAUCUGCAGAAAACAUAAAUGUUGUUUCUGUGUAGCCUGGAUGUCAUGUUGCCUAUCGUAACAAGUGUUUGAGAAGUCGAGAGAGUUUUGUAUAUUGUCCUUAUUUAUUUACAGUUUUAAAAUCGUAACUUUUUUUUUUAUUUCUUUACACUGCCAUUUGUAGCAAUAAAUAUUUUCUUUACAAAGUUUGGUGUUAGUUGUUGUCAAGAAAGAUCAGCAUCUUAGACACUUUGUCAGCAUCUUAGACACUACGCUACCAUCUUAUACACUAUGCCAGCAUCUUAGACACUACGCUAUCAUCUUAUACACUAUGUCAUCAUCUUAGACACUACGCUAUCAUCUUAAACACUAUGCCAUCAUCUUAAGACACUACGCUAUCAUCUUAAACACUAUGUCAUCAUCUUAUACACUACACUAUCAUCUUAAACACUAUGUCAUCAUCUUAGACACUAUGUCAGCAUCGGAGACAUUGUAACAUCUUGGUCACCAUGUCAGCAUCCCGGACAAUAUGUCAAAACCUAAAUCACCAUGUCAGCAUCUCGGACAAUAUGUCAACACCUCAAUCACUAUGUCAGCACCUCAGACAUUAUGUCAAUACCUCAAUCACUAGGUCAGCAUCUCGGACAAUAUGUCAACACCUAAAUCACCAUGUCAGCAUCUCGGACAAUAUGUCAACACCUAAAUCACUAGGUCAGCACCUCAAGACAGUAUGUCAACACCUCAAUCACUAUGUCAGCACCUCACACAUUAUGUCAAUACCUCAAUCACUAGGUCAGCAUCUCAGACAUUAUGUCAAUCCCUCAAUCACUAUGUCAGCAUCUCGGACAUUAUGUCAAUACCUCAAUCACUAGGUCAGCACCUCAGACAUUAUGUCAACACCUCAAUCACUAUGUCAGC